AUGGAAGAGUUGUAUGGAAAUAAUUAUUUGGAGUGUGCUUCCCUGAUGCUAAGGAACUCUGAGUCACAAUUGCUCAAUAUCGGGCCCCAUGGGGACCCGGGCAUGCCAGCAGAGGCGAGCGUGGGAGGCAAGGAUGACAGCUUCCAGGAAGCAAAAUAUGUUACUACCAUCUCCAUGUUGGACCAGAUCAACUGCUGUCUGAACCACCUGGAGGAAAAGAAAGACCACGUCCAUGCCCGCCUCCAGGAGUUGCUUCAGUUCAACAGGCAAACACGCCUUGAGUUCCAGCAGCAGUUCCGGAAGGCCCCUAUCAAUCCCAGUCCCUAGGCUCCCCAACCCCCCUGAACCAGGCCCAACCUUGCCUCCCUGGGCUAGGGGCUGUGGCCUGGGCACUCACCACCUAGCUUAGAUACCUUCUCAAGGGCUGUCCUACAGGUCUGCCUGCCUGGGCCACCCUUCUCGUGCUACCUUGGUGUGUCUGGGUGGGCCCACACUACCUGGCAUCUCCUCCGGGGAUCAGGUGUGGGCCUGCCUAUCUUGCCUGCCUACCCAAUUCCAGGGCAUUCCCCACUGUGUCCAGGCCAUGAGUGUCUACAUUAAUGGGUUUCUAACACACACACACACACACACACAAAAGAGAGAG